AUGCCGCGGCACAGUCCGUUGAUAGGUAUGAGUGAAGUGUUGGUCCCUGCCGUACCUGGCGACAAAGACUUUUUGAAUCAUCUUGAGGGAAAUGGGGAUAACUGCAAGUUCGCGGAUAACGAGGAGAUCGUCAAUGCCUUUUCCAAACAAAUUCCACCGAACGCUUCUGAUCCCAAAUGUGUGGAUUCUUUGAUUGCCAAUCAAAUGACUAAGCUAUCAGUCGCUGAUCGAGAAAAGGCUUGCAUGGGCGUUCAUGGGAUGCCAAAAUUAGUAGAAGAAACUCCAGAAUUGAUUUAG